AUGACUGACCUGUUGUCGCCGAAGGCCAAGUUCCAGUGGACACUCGCCGCGGACGAGGCCCUGUGCCAGGUCAAAGACAGUUUCCGGAACUGUCACACCCUGUCGCGACUGACGCCCGAACGCCCCAUCUUCGUCCAGACGGAUGCGAGUCAGGAGGGGAUGUGUGCGGUCCUGUACCAGGUGGACGGCGACGGUGUUAGGCGUGUGAACAAGUACGCCAGUGCGAAGUUUGGCCCGACUGAGAGGAGGUAUCACGUGAACGAGCAGGAGUGCCUGGCGGUGGUCUGGGCACUGCAGCGCUACCAGCACCAUCUGGAGGGCCGCUAG